AGGCCGAGCGUGCAGCAGGCGCGCGCGUGUGGGUCUGCGUGUCUGCGUGUCUGCGCGUGUGUGUCGGGGUGUGUGAGAUGAAUUGGAGUCAUACGACCGGGCGUUUCCUUCCGAGUGGUUUUGAUCAGCAAUCCAUUAGGGGAAUCAUGGAAACUUUUUUUCUGGCUAAAAGGAUGAAAACUGAGUAAGUACACAGAACUUUGAACUUGAAACGGAAUGAAACCAAUACAAGCAAAACCCUGACACUAACCAUGCCCAUUCAAACCGCUUGUUCCCUUUUAAUGUUAAAAGCCGUGGAUGCUUACAGCAAAGUGGCAAUUUAAAACUGAAUGAAGGGAAGCAGUUAAGAAACAUAAAAGGCUGAAAGCAGUACUGCUUUAAAACCGGAGGGAAAAUGAGGAACUGCUAGGGCAACUUGGCCUGCAUCCAGCUGUGCAACAGGCACUUUGGGUUUUAACCUAUUACGUUCUUCGGUGCUGUUUUCAGACUCCAGAUUUACUUUGGUGUUAUUUUCUCUUUUCCUGUAAAGCUGAGACAGAGCUGGACUCCUUUUCUGUGAGUUUAAGGAUGUCGUGGAAAUAAGGCAUUCCCGGAAGCCAACAGUUUGGCAGCCUAGGAUGCACUCAGAUUAUUAGUUACAACUAUUAAUAUUUGGAUUUUUUUUUUAACCGAGGUCAGUCACUUUUCACUGUCCCUCAUGGAAGGACUUUUCUUAACCACCUCAGACUUUUGGGACCUAUGAUCUUUUGGCAUGACACUUUGGAAAGUUCUUAAGCCGAGAUGGAGCAAACUUGAUUGGAGUUGUGGAAAAAGAAGACAGAUUUGUAUUUUUCAUGCUGACAAAAAAUAGCUGCUAUGACUUUUCUGGCAACGUGGACAGGGGCCAAGUGAAGCUGAACUGGUCAUGGUCUGUCGUCCAGUGUUUCUUUGUCGUCGGCGAUUUUGCCCCCGGCCCUUUUUUGUGGUCUUGGUGGUGGCAAUCUGUCUCUUCUACCAGACUCUGACACUCCGAGGGACUAGGAAGCUCACAACCGCUGUCCCGGGGGUUACCCCCCACACACCCACGGAGACUCAGGCAAGCAGAUGCAGGGAAGGAUUCACCCAGGACAAACAACAGUGCUUCCUUCUCUCCGGUAAUGCACAGGAAAUCAGAAAGAUUGAAGAAUCAAUGGAGACACACUUUGGCAGUCAUGGUAGAAGGGCCGUACUCUAUAGGCCUCCUUCCUACAGCAAAAUGGAGCUUCAGCUAUACCAGCACAUACUCACACAGCAUGGCUACAUGGUUGUCAUCACUGAAGAAAGGUUCGGUGCCGGCCUUGGACUGGGACUGCUAGAACAAGGUGAUUUGAGCUCCUGGGAUCUGCUCAUUUGUCUGCCUUCAAGAAGAGCUGAUGGAAAACCCUGUGUAUCCAAGGAAGUUAUGUGCCAGUUAGGUUCACAUCAAAAGAUAAAUAUAUUACCAGAAAUACAGCAACAGCUUUGCAGAAAGGAAGGAUUAUGUCAAAUAAUUAGAAGAUUUCCAGAAUUGCAACUUCCAGUGAGUCCCUCUGUGUGUCUGGAUCAGGGGAUACAACAGCCAAGUACUUCAAGUCAUCUUUUAAAAACAGCGAAGUCACAUAUGUGGAAGCCAUGGGACAGGAAUCAAACAACAGUCCUUGCUCCCCAUGAAACAAUCUUUAGAGCUGAGGAUCUAUCUGUGAUUCUUAAAGCAUAUGUACUGGUGACAUCUCUAACCCCUUUGCGUGCAUUCAUUCAUUCAACGGGCACGGUGUGGAGUCCACCAAAGAAAAAACGUUUCACUGUCAAGCUGCAAACUUUUUUGGAGACAUUCCUGAAGGCUAGUUCACCACUUCAGGCAUUUGAUAACAUGAAGGAAGCCAUCAGCAAACUCCUUCUGGCUGCCGAAGUCUUCAGCGAAACAUCUACUCUGGGACCAAAGACCUUCCAUAGAUGUAGAUUAUGCUUUCAACUUUUAACUUUUGAUAUUGGUUAUGACAGCCUCAGAUACCCUGUAGUGCUUCAGGUGCACGAGCAUUUAAAUUUUCAAGAUGAUGAUGACAUGGAUUUUGAGGACCAAAAUACAGAAGAAUUCCUGUUAAAAGACACCUUCAAUUUUCUUUUCUCCAAUGAAUCUUCACUUUCCUUAUUUUCAGAGAUAUUUCAGAGACUUUAUAGACCGGGCGUAUUUAAGGGUGAAAAUGAAAACUAUCAAAAGGACCUAAAUCAAUGUCUGUCUUUAGAAGAAAUUAACUCAAUUAUGACUUUCAUAAAGGAGCUUGAGAAUCUGGGACAAUUCCAACUGCUCUUUCCAUCUACCACUCCUGGGAUUCGAUCUUUGAUGCGUGAAUUUUAUGAUGCAACAAAUCCUUUGGGAAAACCUGGCUCAGUCCUGACCCAGUACUGGUCUCUUUUAAAUGUAUUUGAACAAUUUUGGCUCCUGAAUAAAAAAGCCCAACUACAUCCACUGGAAUGGAAUUCAUUCAUAGAAGAUGAGAACAUUGAAAAACCACAAGUGUCAUUUGAUGCAAAUGAAAACAAAAAAGAUAAAGACACACUAUGUCACAUCAAGGAGAUCUUCACACGUCCACACUUGGAACUAAAUCCUGAAUUUAAUCCAAAGAUCAAAGAUUAUUACUCUGAAGUCCCAUUUGAUGUGGUAACCGUGACAAUCGGGGCGGAGACAUCUAAGUGUCAGUGCAAGGUGCACCUGUAUGAGCGGGCAGGGCCGAGCUUUGCCAACUACCCUCUGGGCUUAGGAAUGAAUAAAAUCUCCAUGCUUGUGGUGGAUGAGUCUCCAGCAGAGGGUGAGAUUCUGGUCACAUACAAACUCACUAUCUAUAGAGAAGACCGCCCAAGCCUGCCGUUCUUUGAGGACUUCACAGCAUGUGGUUUUGUGCAAGAUUGUGGCUUGUUAAUUCACCCGGAGGAGACCUGUGGGUUACAGCCUGUUUCUCCUGAGUACAUUGAAGGCAUUUCACACCCUGAACUGAAGAGAUGUCCAUCUGGGGACAUAAAAGGCCAGUGGAUCGUGCCUUGCCUUAGUUGUUCAGACAACAGGACCUGCGACUGGAGAGAAAUAACUUGGCAGCCCCACAACUGCCAACAUGGUGUCCUAACUAAGCCUCAGCUCCAGCAGUGCCUGGGAGGAAGGAAGAUUCUCUUCAUUGGUGAUUCAACCAACAGAGGGAUCAUGUACUAUCUGAUUGAAAGACUGAAUGAAACUCUCCAGGAAUGGCAGAAGGUGCAUGGCACUAAAUUGUAUCCCAACGUCAAUGGUGGGAAGACGUUGAUUAGUUACUCCUACUAUCCCCAGUUUUGGAUAAGCCCUUCACUGAGACCAACAUUUGAGAAAGCACUUGAACAUCUCUUGCAAAGAUCACGUCCCCUAGAGAAUACUGGCCAGACUGUAUUGGUUGUUGGUGGUGUUCAGUGGCUUAAUUCCAACCACCUGCAAAUUAUUCACAAGGUUUUGAAGAGGGAAAAUUUACUCAAUAUCCUAGUGAUCAUCAAAACUUUGGGAAUUGGAUUCCAUCUACCAGUGGAUGGAGUGCAUUUCUUAACACAGAGUGAAGUACAAAACUUAUGGAAAGAAAAUUUGAUUAUUCUGGAUGCUGCAAAAAAUUAUGGUUAUGAAGUGGUUGACACAUUCACUAUAACCAUGGGACGAUACAAAGAGUUUCUGCAAGGCAGUUGCGGGUGUCAUUUCCAUGAGGUAGUGAAAGCAAAGUUAUCCAAAGAAUUCCACUUUAUUAAGAUGAAAAGAUCAAAGAAUCAUAUUGUGGGAAAAUAUUUCAGCAAUCAAAGCAAACUACAACAAGACUCAGUAACAAAUCCUCAAUCACCAUAUCACGUCAGAGGUCCAAUUAAUCAGGUUUGUUCUGAAAUCCUUCUCAGCAGGAUGUGUGCAAGUAAAAGGACUGUACGGGCUCCCUGAAGAACAAGGAGUUAGGAGGUAGAGAUAAGCUUCUCACCUGAAGGAUGGUCAGAGAACCAAACAACGUGCCUCACUUGUAUCUUGGAUCAACCACACAUUAAUGCACACCAGCGCACACCUGCACACCCAUGCACACUGCUAAAAUAAGAGUAAUAACACAUUUUUCCUGUAGUUUUACAAAGUCAAGAUGUGAAAAUGAACAAUUAGUUGGUUUCAGAGUGAAUGAUAAAGCUAGAAAAUGAUUACUUGAAAUAUAAUCAUAAUCUAGGACCACUGUGGGCCAGGUCUUGCGUGUUGUGAUAAUAAACAGGAAUAUAGACACUUGAAUUGAUGGGAAAGAGGAUCAGGCUCUUCAGUAUUGUGUUAAAGUCUCUGGAGGUACAUUAAUAUUAAAAUGCAAGAAGCAAUUACAUUCCACGUGCAAGUAGGGAUUUUAAUUACGUUCUUUACCAGGAGAAAAUGUGGCAUUUAUGAUGACUUAGAGUUUGUGAAUCUAAUGCUUAUGGAAAACAUUUCUUCUUAUACUUUUAACAUUUUAUAACUAAAGGGAAAGAACAGAAAUGUUGCCCUACAAGGAACUUGAAGAGAUUCUAUGAGAGAAACAGGAAGUGAAACAUUUCACAGUUAAAACACCAAUAUAUUUAAUUCUGCACUCCUGUGUUUUUCAUAAACAUUCCCUCCUGUCUUGUCUGUCAACUUCGAUGGGUAACUGCAUUCUAAAUUGAUGAUUUAGAUAAUUUUAAAGCAAGGAACAAAAUAUAGUUCCUCAUGUAUUAGUUUAUUAUGUUUCAUUCAUGAUAUUUUGCAAGGAAGCUUUUGUUUGCUGCUAUAGACAGACUAUGUAAUUGAAGUUUACAAUUACAUUUUAGAUAAAUAUUUUGCAAAGGAUUAUGUAUUCUAAGUGUGUUAGUAUAAAGCACUUGCACGUGUCCAAAUAGUACUGUUACUAGUAUCUAUAUUUUUGUUUUUCUUGAGCAAAUGUAUCAAAUCCAAAUUUAGAAUAGGCCACAAAUUAUUUUUUAAUUAGAAUGGUAGCAUACAUAUAAAACAUACCUAUUACUAGUAUCCAAAAUUUUCUUUUCUAUACUUUUAGGUUCAAAAUGGUUAAUUUCCUAAUUAUGCAAAUGUUCUGUUGUGAGAUUACAUCUCACUGUUAUGGUGGCCUUUAAAGGAUUAUUUUUCUUUUGAGGGAAAAGAAGCUGAGAAGGUUAAUUCAAUAUAUGACUGAACUUAAUUUAUAAAUACCUCAAUUUCAUUAAAAUACAAAAAUGGAGCUAUUUUGAUUGAGCAACUCUUUAGUAUGAAUAUUCGCCUCCUUCAAAUACUCUAUUUUUAUAUAUAUUUUUAUAUGAACAUACACAUGAGUUUAUAUUUAAGUGCCUUAAAGUAUAUUUAAAUGCAGAUAUCACUUGACAUAAACAAUAACAUACAUGAUAGACUUUUUAAAAAUGGUACAGAAUUAACUUAAAAAGAAAUGAUUUUUCUGGUAUCUUCAUCUACAUGCAAUCAUCAGUUUUAGGUUCUCUGAGAUUUUUAAAAAAUGUUAUAAAAUGUUAUCAAUAUCUGCAUCUGCUCCAUCAUGUCUUAAUGUGUCAUGUCUUCUAUAGCAGUUCAACUGUUUCUGCAUUACUGUCACCUUGAUUGUAGUAAUUGUCUGGCUGAGUUAGUCUGGUGUCUGCCUCUUCACCAGUGAAAUAAUAAUGGAUUUUAGAAAUAAUUGUAAUGAUAUUAUUAAUAAAUGUCUUAC